CGGCAGAGUUUCCAGCUGCUGUCGGUGUCUGCGGACACGGCGGCCAGUUUCCGAGGAGGACGCACUGCUUUCCUGACUCUAUCUGGACUACAGCUCAGCUUCGAGUCGCUAUAAAAGUUGCCGUCGGGUGAGGUGAAGAUGGUGGACCGGCUUGCGAACAGCGAGGCCAACUCCAAGCGCAUCGCGGUGGUGGAGAACUGCUUCGGCGCUGCGGGCCAGCCGCUGGCCAUUCCCGGCCGCGUGCUGAUCGGCGAGGGCGUCCUCACCAAACUCUGCCGCAAGAAGCCCAAGGCGCGGCAGUUCUUCCUCUUCAAUGACAUCCUGGUCUACGGCAACAUCGUCAUCCAGAAGAAGAAGUACAACAAGCAGCAUAUCAUCCCGCUGGAGAGCGUCACCAUCGACACGGUGCCGGACGAAGGUGACCUGCGCAACGGCUGGCUCAUCAAGACGCCCACCAAGUCCUUCGCCGUCUAUGCCGCCACCGCCACCGAGAAGUCAGAGUGGAUGAACCACAUAGGGAAGUGUGUUGGAGACUUGCUACAAAAAAGCGGGAAAUCUCCCACCGGAGAGCACGCCGCCGUCUGGGUGCCCGACUCAGAGGCGACCGUGUGCAUGCGCUGCCAGAAGGUGAAGUUCACACCUGUCAGCCGCCGCCAUCACUGCAGGAAGUGUGGCUUUGUGGUUUGCGGGCCGUGCUCGGAGAAGAAGUACCUCCUGCCCAGCCAGUCGUCCAAACCCGUUCGAGUCUGCGAGUACUGCUACGUGCAGCUGACGUCAGGAAGCCUCGCGCCGCGGUCAGACUCCAUCAGCCGGCCGGGGUCAAAGUUCAACAGCAACAACCUGUCGGACGACGAGGACGAAGACGACAGCAGUGACUGAGGGACGAACCAUCCUCCCGACGGCCUGUCCCGUCCCCUCGUCGAGGAGGAACCACUCUGCUGAUUCUUCUUUUUUGUUUCUUUCUCGUCCGAGAUCAUCGAGUCGUGCUCCCGCCGAGCGAUGAGUUCCACCUCUGAGGAUUAAUUCAUGAAUUCACCACGGAGUUCCAGCCUCAAAUACAAACCAAAUUCCUUCGUCUUUUCCUCUCUUCCUCCAGCAGGGAUCAGUGUUGUCCUGAACACAGCGAUUAAUCAGUGAAAUGUGGAAUUAACCGGGUGACCAGCUGUGGCGGGGCGGCGGCUCAUCACUUCCACCCUGCUCAGCCCGCCUUUCUCUCUUGACUCUUAAUUAGGCUGCAAUUAGUCACUACAGAACACAAUGGUGCUAAUGAGAAACGUCCCCUCCCCUCUGUCCUCCUCUUAAGUUAAUUUCAUCCUUGAGGGUUUUUUUUUUCCCCUGGACUCGUUUUCUCUUUUUUUUUUUUUUUUGUUGUUGUUGUUUUCUGUCCAUGAACUACACAAGGUGACUGCUUGUAAUUUCUGCAGGGAAAAGCAAAUGUUUGGGCUCUGACCUUUAUCUCCUCUGUCCUUCAGGUGUUAUACCAAAAUGUAGAUGUUACUCUAAACUCAGAGCUUUUGUAGUUAACACAGUAAGAUAGUUGCUUCUGACAAAUCAGCUAAAGCGUUUCUCAUGGUGAGGUGAGUGCGUUUGCCUCCGCUAACACACACUUUAGUGCGUUUUCUCAGCAGCUGCCCCCAAAAACUAACUCUGCCUUUUGCCUACAUGGUCACGUAGUGCCUUACAGAAAAAACGGAGCUCAGCCUUCAGUAAGGAGGAGGUUGUUUGUUAAUGAAUCCAGGCCGCAGACGCAGGGAUUUCAUGAUAGGUUGACUCUGAAACACAUUACGCAGGAUGGAGUGUGGUUUUGUGCAUGUGUGCAGGAAGCAGAAGAGCGGGGAUAUUACCAGCCAGCCGCCAGACAAGAGUUCAGUUUGGACUUUUUCUGAAAAGUUUGUCUUCUACUCGAAACUUGAAACUACAGAAAGCAGAAACUACACUUUAACCAGCCGUCAGUCACUGGCACUCAGAUAAGAAUGUGUUUGAGUAGUUGAAAACCAGGCGCUGGUUUUGAUAUUGAGCGUGUUUCCCCUACAGGAGCCUAAUAACCUGUAAUCUGGAGCUUCCAAUAACCGGAACCUGGUUCUGUUUCCUGUCUUCUGUUUCCACUGGACGUUGUGAUUAAACAGCAGUGUUUGGUAGGUGAGAACAGGUGUCAGACAGACGACGACAGGGCUGAUAUAGAUUUUCUCUUGUGUUUACAUGCCAUGACUUUUAAACAUUCGUAUCAUUACAUGAAUGAAAGGCUCCAUCUUCAGUUGGUGGUGGACAGAAUGCAUCAGAUACCAAACGAGACCCAGUUCAGACCGGCUGCACAGAGCCGGCACUUCAGAUACCUGUCCUGCUCUGUCAGCCGGUCCUCUGGUCCUGUCCUGAAUCCAGAGACAGGGAGGACAUGGUGGAGGUGAAGAAUCCCCUGCAGAGCAGACUGCAGGUGUUUCUGAGCUUAUUUCAGUUCCAGAGAAAAUCAAAUAUAGCUCCUUAGAGUUUGUUAUCUAAACUUUAAUGAGAAACCAGAGGUGGCAGAGGAGUCAACACACACACACCUUUCGAACAGUGUGUCGUACAGACCUCCGUGUCAGGCCGGUCUGAUGUGGCUCCGGUUGGGAGGUGUGUUGGAAAUGCACAUACAGGUGUAAGAGACAUGGCCACACAAACGUGAGGGAAUCCCCUGCUAUCCAGGCCAUUACCCUCUCCUGCAGGAAGUUUGGCGUCAGGUCGGAUCUUUGUCAGGAUUUGGUGUCUUGGAUUUGGUAUCACCUUCUCUGCAGUGCCUAAAUGUAUUUACAGGAAGUCGCCCUGAAAGGGAGAACAGUGGAAACAAAAGCAGAACCUGUGACAAUGGCUGAUGUAAAGGUUAUUACAGGUCAUUAAGUUCCUGGAGAGGGAAAAAGCUUCCUCGCUCCUGGAUGGAUUUUUUUUUUUCAGAGGCUGUGAGAGCAGAGAGAUGCACAGAAGAGUUUUGUGUUUUGAAGUGAAUUUUUUUUGGGUGUGUAUUAAAGAACUGAUCAGGAACCUUCACAGAGACCAGCAGACAGGAUGUGUGUGUGGUGAUUGUGUAACAGUGAAUGUGAAUGAAUGAAAUGCGAUGAUCAGACAUCAGUAAUAAGGCGCAGCGUCAGGGCCUGCGUUGUGUUGUCUUUUGCAAUCACAUGAUCGCGUGUUUCCUCAUAGUUUGUGUAAUUCCUCCUUGCUCAGUAGAUGAGGCGGUUUGUGUUUACUGGAAUGAAACAGGAAACCAGUGUGUAGUCUUCCUGCCAGCGACUCUUCCCUGUGCUGAGGUCACAGGGCAGCGCUGCAUCACAAAACAAACGCACCCCCUCCGAACUCUGCGGGUGGAGCUGUGUGGCCUCACUGGCACUUCUCUCCACUGACGCUCUGCCAACGCAAGCUAACAAGGCCAUCCCUCCUUCCUCCCUUUCUUCCUUCCUCCCUUGCAUCCUUCCUUCCUUCCUUCCUUCCUUCUCAGUACCAUAACUUUCCUAUGAAAAGCAGAAGGCGAUCAUGUGACAUGUGAUCAGUCUGAACCAGGAAUCGAGAGAGGCUGCUGUGGGGCGUGAUGGUGAAGUACCUGCUGCAGCCUGCAGAGGAUUCAGGUUCAGUUUCUCACAGAUGUUCAUGUCGUCAGCUUCAGCCGGAGUUCCUCUACCCGCUGACUCCUCUGAAGACUUCCUUCCUGUUAAACAGGCGAUAUGUAAACAACCUGCAGGCACGGGCGACUCAGCUCACACUAAAAAAAAAAGUUUUGAAUGUGUGCUCAUGGCAGCCAAACCCUUUUACUACAUUACAAAUGAUUCGUUUAGUUGUAGGUUCACGUUGUUGGUAUCACACUGAUCUCUCCUGAAGUUUAUUUUUUAAAUUUCCCCACAGUCAUUAAACGUCUCCUGCAGCCAGUCCGUUCCGUCAGAAAAACACGAGACAGGUGACUGAGACGACUCUCAGUCCAUGAGGACGUGCUGUGUCCUCAGCGCUGGAGUAAUGAGUUUUUCCGGGCAGGUGGACAGAGUGAGCACGCGUGAUCGCGGCUGCUCGCUCAGUGCUGCCCGUGUUGUGGAGCAGGUCUGUCCCGCGGCGCCUUUCAGAUCAGGUCUCUGCACCGCAGGUGGUGCAGGAAGCUCUGGGAAGGAAACUCUUCAGAGGAGAAACCUCACUGCGUCUUUACCUGAGGUCAAACAGGGAAAACGUGCAGCUGCAUCUGCUGUGAGUUCCAGUGUUACUUUUAAACCGUCGGUCAUUAGCAUGUUGAUCAUCUGAGCAGCAGAUCUGGAAUCAGCAGAACAGGGAGAAGAAAGGGAUCGUUUUCUUUUUUAUGUCUUUUGAUUUUACUGAUUUUUUUUGUUGCUGUUGAUGUUUCUGCAAUAAAACCAACCUAAGUGAUGGAAGCGA